AUAAAAUUGAAAGAAUGAGUGAGUAAUAACUGAUUCAUGUGCGGUUAGUUGUCGACAAUGAAUAAGAAAUACACUGCAGUGAUUUGGGCUGUGUUGAUGGCAGCCGCCGAGGCUAAUGUUGCUGCCAAGUUACCGGCGCCCGUUUCUCUGUAUGGACGCAACUGGGACGGUCUAGGUUUGUCGGCCGAUGUAAAUGAGUAUGUGGACAACACGAUCCACUUGCUGGUACCCUUUAUGCAGGAAAAUGGUCUUGACCCUAUGGAAAUACCCGAAAUUACGGAAGGAUUCUCAGUGAGGCCUAUCCUGAUAACGUACAGCGCCUACCUGACGCUCCACGAUGGCUACAUGACCGGCCUGACCAACGUCGCCCGCUCCGGAGACCAGACUGUCAACUACUUCGCUAAGAUGCUGCGCGUUAGAGUACGGCUGCAGUUUACCGAUUUGGAGUUUGUCUUCAAAUACUUAGUUAGAGUAAUGAACUCUGCCUUGUUGAGACGCAGAGGAGGUAUCAUUGGCUCUCUGAACAGAUUUGUCGUCACUGUCGAUUUUCUUAUUGAUUUCAACAACGACGAGGUCCAUCUGCAAGAAUUCUCUCUCAACGACAUUGGACGUCUGCGCGUGCGCUUGACUGGCAACAUCUUGACCGACUGGUUGAUCAACCCGGUGAUCACUGUGUUCACUCUCAUCUUCGACACCAUGAUCAUGAGGAUCGUGGCCGACAACAUCCGCUCAGCCAUCCAGGACGGCAUCGACGUCGUCAACAGCGGCGUCAAGACCAUCAUAGAACAACUUGAAUCUUUAAAUUAAUUAUCUUUGUUCAAUAAUUAAGUCCAAAAUGACUUAUCUUUCCAAAUAAUAGAGACUGAUAUUUUGAGAAUUUUCCUUUUAUAUAACGAAAGCAUUUACAAGAUACUAUUUUCUGGAUCUGGAUCACAAUGUUCGGAAAGUUUUAACUGCCAUUUGUGGGUAGCCUCAAUAGUUCAAUACUUCACCGUGGGCUUAUUUUAGCUAAUUAAAACAUAAGAUGCUUUCGAAAAUUUUCAUGCGAAUGCAAUGUAAUUACAAAAAUAUAAUUAAAUGGCUAAAAAUGAAAUUAAGUGAAUAAAAACUAAAUGAGAUAGGGUGUAUAUUAUUGACGUGAUUACAUUUUAUUAACUGCUUGA